GGAGCGACGACCGCGCUCGUCGGUUCGAGCGGUUCGGGAAAAUCGACCAUUUUAAGUUUGGUGCUGAAUUUUAUCCAGCCGACACGCGGAAAGGUCAGCAUCGACGGCAAAGAUUUGCAGUCCGUAAAACUGAUCGAUUACCGCCGACACCUCGGCGUCGUUUUGCAGGACAAUUUCCUUUUCGACGGCACGAUUCUCGACAAUAUCCGCUUUUCCAAACCCGAUGCAUCGUUUGAAGAAAUUCAGGAAGUGUGCAAGAUCGCCAACGCCGACGAAUUUAUCGAAGGCUUUCCCGACAAAUAUAAAACCGUCGUCGGCGAACGCGGCGUAAAACUGUCGGGCGGACAAAAACAGCGCAUCGCCAUCGCUCGCGCUUUGCUCGCCAAUCCGCGCAUUCUGAUUCUCGACGAAGCGACCAGCUCGCUCGAUUCAGAAAGCGAAGCCUUGAUUCAGGAAGGCUUGAACCGUCUGCGCCAAGGUCGCACGACUUUCGUGAUCGCGCACAGGCUUUCGACCAUCCGUUCGGCUGACCAAAUCUUAGUCGUCGAAGCGGGCGAAAUAUUGGAACGCGGAACGCACGAAGAUUUGAUAAAGCUCGACGGUCGCUACAAACAGCUUUACGACAAACAAUACAAAUUCGAGCAAAAC